CUUCUCCACCACAUCCUCUCCCUAACCGCUAUCUCGACCCAUCCAUCCCUUUAAAUCAUUCAAAUCGAACGGAUGAAAACACUUCAUUUCAUUUCAUUAAACCCCUAAAAUUGAAAUUGAGAAUUUCUCAAAAUUAAAAUACCGAAACUUUACUUUGUAACCCUAAAACCACACAGCUCACAGAGCCACCGUCUCUGAUCACCGUCAGCCGUCCCACAACCGCCGUUCAUCAGAUGGCAUUGCGAGGAGUUUGGCAACUUAAGAAACUCGUUGUUAGCUACAGCGAUUGGGGUGGAAGUAGCAAAGGCAUUAGGGCAUUUAUGGAAUCCCAUUUGCCAGCAUUUAAGGAGGCGAAUCCUCAGUUAGAGGUAGACACUGAAAUGAUUCGUGGUCAGCAUCCACAUCUAAAGGCUUUAUACAAGAACCAUAACGACCGAGUGGUGUGUGUGAAGAAUAUGGAUCCUGAAGAGAUACUUCUGCAUGCAACCAGGCUAAGGAAUUCACUGGGAAGGAAAGUAAUUAAGCUGAGGACGAGACAUGUAACCAAACACCCUAGUGUGCAAGGUACAUGGACAACUGCUUUGAAAUAUCAGGAUGAACAAAACCAGGUUUUGUGAGAAAUUACUCUAGUAGUGCUAAGUCAAUCCUUUUCUCUGGCUAGCAAAAGUUUGCAUGUUGUCUGGUGCAAUUGCUAGAAUUUCAAUAGUUAAGAAGUUUUUUUCUUUGUUGGUUCCGUCAGUUAAACGUUAUAGCAUAGUCUUUAAGCGCCUGGUUGAUUAACUAUCACCUGAUUGGGGCUAAGAAACCGUGUUUGUUUACACUGUUAUAUAUUGUUAGUUUGUAAUAAAUCUAUCAGAUUCAUCAGAGUUUUGAAAUUCUUUUGGUUUCAUAAA